UUCCAUUGAGAAUGUCUUGAAGAAUGACGAUAGCACAAGACAGGGUUUUGAAAAUCUAAACAUCUCCAACAAAGAAUUUUAUCCUGCCUUCUUCAAGUCGAGCGUGAGCGUGCGGGCGCUUCAAAAGAUAUUUGACAGAGGCAACGAGGACAUUAGAGGCUACUUCUGCAAGCCAGGUGCUCCCCAGGUGCUCUUUGUGGCUGGCGUCCCGGAAGACAGUGAUGAGCACAGUCGCCUGCAGCGUGAUAUUUGCAAACUGCCUGCUGCCGACGGUCGUGCUUUUUCACAACAAGUUUUGAGAAGUCUGAACUGGACCGCUGUGCUUCACGAGGUUUCAUCCGUCAUGAAGGAGAGUGGCCACAACUUCAGCACAGCUGACUGGGUGACUGCUUUUCAAGCUGCUCGGGACGCUCGCAAUGAGUUGUGGGCACUGGCCAGUUUUCAAGAGCUGCUGAAGGGAUUCACUGAGAGGAUCGAUCAACUGUCUGAAAUCUUUACCUUGAGUCGAUCCCGACGCAACGGCACGUUCGCGUGGGUGAUUCAGGUGUCGCUGUGCGGUCGCAACAUGUCCUCUCUCCUGGACACCGAGCAUGGCCCGGCCCAGCGCUUUGAGGAGUUCCGGGAACAGGUCAACAGAAACCUGCAAGAACAGAGUGAUGAGGCUGUAGUCUCAGAAUACGUCUAUGACAACACUACUAGCCCUCGCUGCAAUGCCGUAUUCCGGAGCUUCGAACACAACAGGUUGAUGAGGUUUCUAUGGGGCCAGGUCAAACCUUACGUUCGAGGCAAGAUUCUGUUUGCCCCCAACAAUGCAGCGACCCGGAGAAUCGUUAGCAAGGUAAAUGAAACUUUUGAGCCACUGAACAGACUGAAGAAGUUGGCCCUGCGCUGGACCACGGACAUUGCACCUAAGCUUGUGCAUUGGCUUAGUAACAACUCUGCAAAGCUGGAACAGGUCAAGAAACUGUCCACAUCUGAAGGCCUGGAGGCAUUCUUCAUUGCUGGUGAAAAGACUGGAGCCAAGGCAACUGCAGAGGAAGCUCCCGAGGCUGCUCGAGCUCAGAGUGUGCUCGAGUGGCUUCUGUCCGACUGGGACGGCCGAAUUGAGAGAAUCAACAAGGUGGCGCAAGAAACAUAUCACGUUUUUGAGUGCUUCGAGAUGAACCGGUUCGAAGGCUACCCUUCUGAGGAGGCACUGAUGCCACGCGGUCUGCAACUGAUGCGAGAAAACAAGCUUUGGGCGGCACUGGUGUUUAGUGGAAUGAAGAGCUCCCAGGACAGUGAGGCGCUGCCGCCGUUCAUCCGCUACAAGAUCCGCAUGGACGCCCGCAAAGUGGACUCAACGAAAAAGAUCGAGGACAGAAUUUUUCGACCAGGCCCACGCCGUCGCCCUACCAUUGACCUCAAGUACCUGACUUUUGGCUUUGCCUACCUGCAAGACCUUGUGGAACACUCCAUCAUUGCACUUCAGACGGGAUGGGAGAAGACGACGGGGGUCUACCUGCAGCAGUUUCCGUACCCAUGCUACAUUUUUGAUCAGUUCAUAGUGACGAUAGCGGAGUCAUUCCCAAUGUUCAUGGUACUCUCAUGGGUGUACUCGUUCGCGAUGCUGAUCAAGAGCAUUGUGCGAGAAAAGGAGCUGCGCCUCAAAGAAGUCAUGCGCGUCAUGGGCCUGGGAAGCGGGGUCCUCUGGCUCUCCUGGUUCAUCGACGCGUUCGGCUUCAUGCUCAUCUCUUCACUUCUCCUCACCUGCAUCCUCAAGUUUGGUCAGGUACUGGAUCACUCGGAUCCGGUGGUGAUCUUCGUGUUCCUGGCCUGCUUCGGGGCAUCCAUCGUGUGCAAGGCUUUCCUGGUGGCCGCUCUCUUCUCGCGAGCCAACAUUGCGGCCGCAGCGGGGGGAAUCCUCUUCUUCACCUGCUACCUGCCCUAUCCGUUUGUCAAGCUCUGGAAGGACCGCCUCACUUGAGUGGUUAGUUACUUCCUUCCCGAAGAGCCACGCAAUCUGCCGCUUGGAGUGCUCAUUCGCAAGUUGACCAAGGUGUACGCUGGCGCAGACCGGGCAGCUGUUAACGAGCUGAGCCUCAACUUCUAUGAGGGGCAGAUCACUUCGUUCCUUGGCCACAACGGCGCCGGCAAGACGACCACCAUCUCUAUCCUCACAGGCCUAUAUCCUCCGACACAGGGGACAGCUGAAAUUUAUGGCAGGGACAUCAGAACCGAGAUGGACAUCAUUCGUCUCAGUCUCGGCACCUGUCCCCAGUACAACGUCCUUUUUGACAAUUUGACAGUUGCAGAGCACCUCUGGUUCUACGCUCGGCUCAAAGGCCUCACUGCAGAUGUGGUCGCGUCCGAAGUCGAAUCAUUCGUGCGUGACCUGGCCCUGGUCCACAAGAGGGACGAAUACUCGUGCAACCUCUCAGGUGGCAUGCAGCGCAAGCUCUCUGUUGCGAUCGCAUUUGUUGGUGGCAGCCGCACAGUAAUUCUGGAUGAGCCGACGGCGGGCGUGGACCCUUACGCACGCCGAGCAAUAUGGGAUCUCAUGCUGAAGUACAAGCAAGGUCGCACGGUCAUCAUGACAACGCAUCACAUGGACGAGGCCGACCUGCUGGGUGACCGGAUAGCGGUCAUCAAUGAAGGUCGUCUGCGUUGCUGCGGGUCGUCGCUGUUUCUCAAAACACGAUUCGGCAGCGGCUACUACCUCACCCUAGUACGCCCGUCACGCCGCAGCAAGUCACUCAAGAACAGGCCGCCUCCCAGGGCGCCUUCUCGCAGGGAUGUGGUGAGUCAGACAGAUGGAGCCAGCAGUGAUUCAUCCCAAAAUGCUACACCAUCAUCACUUGUGUCACCAUUAUCGGGAAACUCUCACGACGAAUCUAACGAAGCGUUGGACAAACUAAUAAGGAGGCACAUCCCCAAGGCAGAGCUCGCUACCGACAUGGGCGCUGACUUGUCGUACCGGCUACCGGCGAGCCCAGAAACAUACUCUUCCUUCGUAUUCCUGUGCAAAGAUCUCGAUGCCAACCUGACAGAACUGGGCAUCACCAGUUAUGGGAUUUCGGACACCACGCUCGAGGAGGUUUUCCUACGGGUCACGCAAGGCAGUCCAAACACCAGAAGCCAAGCGAACGGCCAAGGUGAUAUCUACAUCCCUGGCCCCGAAUCUGUGGACGGACCACCGACGACCAGACUCCAGAAGACUCUGGAUGCCUUGCGCAUAUGGUGCUUGUCCCUGAGAACAUCUGCAAAGACUGUCAGACCAGAUCUCGAAGAUGCAGCUGCAAGGCAGCACCUGGCUGCGGAUAUGCCUACCAACGGUAACGCCGACAGUGACCUUCCUGCACCACCCGUUGUCAAGAGGGUAGCUGUUGGUCCUCUGCUUCAUCGGCGUCAGUUGGCGGCCAUGUAUCGCCGCCGCUUCAUGCGAAACACACGUAACUACAAAGGACUCUUCUGCGAGAUUAUCCUGCCCGCUCUGUUCGUGUUGCUGGCCUUGCUAUUCACGCUGCUGAUUCCACCAAUGUCGGAAGAGCCCCCCCUUGAGUUGACGCCGUGGGUGUAUGGUCCGCCAAACUACGUCUUCUACAGUUCUGAAAACACAUCCAGCCCGUUGGCGGGGCAGUACACGAACGCCCUCCUGUCUCGAACCGGCCUUGGUGCCCGCUGUGUGGAAGGGGAACCCCUGAGUGGCUUGGGCUGUGGCGAAACGGGGAACACAAGUGUGCCAGUGUCCGGUGCACCUUACGGCUACGAAUCCUCCGAGGGCGGGGGCACUUGCACUUGUGCCAGUGGAGCGCAGCAGUGCACGCGCAAUGCAGGCGGCCCUACGCCGCCUGCUGUUCGCAGUGCCACCACCGACAUUCUGCUCAACGUGACUGGACGCGACGUCUCGGACUGGAUAAUUAAGACCUGGAAUCCCUACCACAAGACCAGAUUUGGUGGCGUCCAGUUUGGAGUGAGAAAUCACCUGACUUCUCUCAACAUCGCUGCUCUUGAGGAAGCAGUUUCAAAAAUGGAUGCCCCCAGUGGCCUGAACCUUUCGGCAGCACUCCUCGCCCUGCGUCGUGGCGUCGACAGUUCUACAGUACAAGACAAUGUGAAGGUGUGGUUCAACAACAAGGGCUGGGUGUCCUCGGUGGCGUACAUGAAUGCCAUUAACAAUGUGUUGCUGCGGGCGCACCUUCCAUCUCAGGCUGAGGCCAGCUACUACGGCAUGUCGGUCAUCAACCAUCCGAUGAACUUUACUCAAGAUCAGCUUCAGGAUGAACUGCUGAAGCGAGGGGGUCUAAGCCUGCUGCAUGCGACAUGUGUCAUCUUUGCCAUGUCCUUUGUGCCGGCCAGCUUUGUCAUGUUCCUCAUUGAAGACCGCACCUCGGGUUCUCAGCACCUGCAGUUUGUGAGCGGCCUCAAACCGUUCCUCUACUGGAUUGGCAACUACACCUGGGACCUGUGCAACUACAUUGUGCCUGCUGUGUUGUGCAUCUUCAUCUUCAUGGCAUUCAAGGAAGAAGCAUAUGUCUCACAUGACAACAUUGGUGGGCUGGUCCUUCUCCUGUUGCUUUACGGGUGGUCCAGCAUCCCGCUGAUGUACCCAUCGUCAUUCAUCUUCAGCGUGCCUAGCUCUGCAUUUGUCACGCUCGCCUGCUGCAACCUGUUUGUCGGCAUUGUCAGCACAGUCUCCACGUACGUGUUGGAGCUUUUUGAUGACAAGGAGUUGCAGUCUAUAGCGCGUAUCCUUCGCAAGGUGUUCCUGGUGCUGCCGCAGUACUGCCUGGGGAGAGGUCUCAUGGACAUGUUCUCCAACCAUCUCACAGCCGAGGCUUUGGCACGAUUUGGCUUGAAGACCUUCAAGCAUCCAUUGGAGUGGGACUUCUUGGGUCUCAACCUCAUUAGCCUUGCUGUUCAAGGCCUUGUGUACUUCAGCUUCACACUGCUCCUACAGUAUCGCUUCUUUGUGAGAAAAAGGCAGCAGACAGUGCCAUUUGAUCCUAAAGAGCUUGCAGAUCAAGACGUCACUCAAGAGAGGGAACGCGUACUUGCUGGCCAGGCAGAUGAUUCCAUACUCAAAGUGGUCAACCUUACCAAGGUGUACCGAGCCGGCCAGCACCCGGCCGUGAACCACCUUUGCGUCGGUGUGAGGGCAGGCGAGUGCUUUGGAUUGCUCGGAGUGAAUGGCGCCGGGAAGACCACCACUUUCAAGAUGCUCACCGGAAACACAGAAGUGACCGAGGGAAAUGCCUUCAUCUCGAGCUACAGUAUACGCACCCAAAUCGAUCUGGCGCGUCAGAACAUUGGCUACUGUCCACAGUUUGAUGCAUUGGAUCCUUUGCUCACGGGAUGGGAACACUUGGAAUUCUAUGCACGGCUUCGUGGAAUACCUGAGAAGUACGUCCAGAAGGUGGCAGACUGGGGCAUCCGCAAGCUAGGGCUGCACCGUUAUGCCCACCGAUGUGCCGGUACCUACUCUGGGGGCAACAAGCGAAAGCUCAACACUGCCAUAGCCUUAGUCGGAGAUCCUCCGCUGGUGUUCCUGGACGAGCCCACAACAGGCAUGGACCCCAAGGCCCGCCGUUUUCUGUGGGACUGCAUUCUGGACGUUGUUCGUGACGGCCGGUCUGUCAUUCUGACAUCGCACAGUAUGGAAGAGUGUGAAGCAUUGUGCAGUCGGCUUGCAAUCAUGGUAAAUGGGCAGUUUCGCUGCUUGGGGAGCAUACAGCACCUCAAAAAUAAGUAUGGCUCGGGCUACACGGUGACACUGAAAGUGGGUGGAACCUCGUCGGAGCUCUCCCACGUGGCGUCCCUGAUGGAAAACUCAUUCGGCCCCGCGGAUGCCCAGCUAAGGGAGCAACACCUGAACCAGAUGGAGUACCAGAUAUCGCCGAGCGUGCCACUCGCGGUGCUAUUCCAGCGGCUCGAAGCGGCCCGCGAGAGUUCGGCGCUUGACGAUUACUCCGUCACGCAGACAACACUUGAUCAGGUGUUUAUAAACUUCGCCAAGCAGCAAGGCGACGUCAAAGGCGAGCAAGGAGAUGCAGAAAGUGACCUGCCGUCACCGUUGCCGUCGUCGCCAAAGGUCGCUCACCCUCCCAGAAGCCCUGUAGUUGACAAGCUCACACCCGUUGUCAGCAUACGACCUGCAUCUACUGGUCCGCUGUCACGAGGCCAAGAACUCAUCGAGCUUCCAGAAUGGAUCCGAGAGACGGACAUCGUGUGAAGCCACGAUGCAGCACCGAAAGGUGUUUUUCAGCUGUGAUAUCCUCCCAUCAUCGAGCGCACGCGACCGGUGGUGCUUUCCUUAUCCCCCCCAUUUUUGAGCACCGGGAGAAAGCCGAGCGUAUGUCAAUGCAAGUGUGAAGGCACAGGUGUCGUUCCAUCCAACCUCGCAAGGCCGGGCAGGCGACAUGUUUCUUUUAGUUUUAUUCUCCUCGAUUAUUCCGUCGUAGGAGUGACUUCUCUGCGUGAAUCUCCAGUUCCACAUCCUCCUGAUUGUGCCUGGUUACCAGUGAGCCUUUGUGACGGGUGAAGAUUCGAGUGGCAAAGACUUUGUGGCCAGUGAAACUUACUGGAGGAAACUUGGUGUGUGCUGCCUGUCUUCAAUGUGUGGCUGGAAGGAUUUUGUGGUUUUUGUUGCUGGCAUUAGUAGUUGUUUUAGUUGCGUGGGGCGAACAGAAAUGACCUCCCCGAUCUCCUCGCUGUCUUGUUGUUGUUGAGCAAAACUAUGGCAGUGCAACUAUUGCACGCCACUCGGGGUGAAAAAGGUGAAAUGAGUGUGUUCAAGGCAUGUAGCGAUUGUUCAAUUUGUGGAAGGAUGUAGAUAACGAAUGGAAGAAGGGGAACCUUCCCAUUUUUUUUAGGGGCUCGCGUCUUAAUUAAACUCAACCAAAUAAAUUCAGCAGACAAUUAGGCCAAGGAAAGCAUUGUGGACGUUGUAUUCAUUAAGAGAGAAAGUGAAGUGAAUUAAAGUGGACAAAAAAGAAAAAAAAACAUUUGCAUUGAUGGGAUCUGAACCCACAACCUUUGAAUUGUGUGUCCGAUGCUUUGCCGACUUAGUUACGACAGCAGGUGCUUCCUCGACCACCUUGUCAUGCACGCUUAAUCUCAGAGACCGUUAGCCAGGGCCACUCGUAGCCAAGGCGGUGAGUGUGUAACGUAGUGGGCCAGUGCAUGGCGGCAGUUGGUGCUUGCCGCAACAUCAUGACUACAACCACCAUUCCUGCUAGCCAUCUGGCCGUGGCAAGGCUUGUGAAAUACAUAUUUAAGCUAUUUAUUUCAAAAUAAUGACUGUCUACAAAAUAACAGCAAAGGUUCCGAUGUUGUUUUCAUAUUUCGUUGCAUAUAGCAGAUUGGGGAGAUCGUUUCUGCUAGCUCUGUUCAGGUUGUCAUAGCCUGUCAAAAUCUAUUUCUGAAGAGCACUCAAGGGGCUGUACUCUCAAAUAAUUACUUUUUGGUGACAGUGCAGCUUUCUAUGGCAUAGGUUCUCGUGUGUCCAAUGACUGAGGUGACUACAUUCGUGCCUUUCCUCAACUAUUCACUCUGCACGCACCGAAGGUGUCAUUUAGUGAUAUGUCCAAAAGUGAUCGCUUCAGAAUAGCUUCCUUGAUUCUAUCUACGACUCCUUUGAAAGAGUCAUUAGGUAUGCAGUCUUUAAUUCGUGAGCUGCAGUCAUGGCUUGGACACCUGCCAGAUUUUUAUCAUUUUAUUGUUUCUAGAUGGGUUUUAAAAAUUCACUAGCUCAGAUACGGUCUCAAAUACUGAACUGAGCACCCACAUCGACCCAUGAGUGUAUAGACCGUGCUUAUAAAACCAAAUGCCACUCAUUAAAGCAGGUUGGCAGGUCUGUGCGAGUUCUUGGCGCAAGUUCGAGUCUGUGUCUGUUGGCAAUGUAGGCUUUAACCUGUGCACGAUGAUAUGGGCUGUGAUCAUAAGGGCAUGACUCAGACUGAGUUCGACGUUGAGUGAAGGCUUUCCAGAGUUAUGCAGCAGGUCUAGACGGAUGUGAAAGUUUUUUGACUGUUGGUUCGUCGCACUGAUGAUGGUUGUGGUGCGAUCUACUGUUUGAGCAAGAACCUGUCUUGCUUGCAUUUUUUGCUUGUUUUGACAUUGCAAUGAGCUUAGUAUUACUGAUAUGUGGGGUUCAACAUACCAAAAAGAGCUUAGUAUUACUACUGUGAAUACAGUGCGAUGUCUUUAUUUUAUCUGUAGAAUUUAACGCGAGUGCAGAAAACCUACAAAAGUAGUGUCGGCUCCGAUUUGGCUUUUAAAGAGUUCUCAUAACCAGCAUUACUGUCUUUGAAAGAACGUUUGUUUCAUUUGUCUCUGAAUACAUUAUAUUGCUUCACUCCCAUUAUGAAGUGGUGGUUGCAAGUGGUUGCCUAGCACGCUACUUUUAUGGCACACAAUGAAGAACCAUUAUGGCUGGUGAUAAACGAAGUGCAAGACUGCUCGACAGCAGUAAAUCGGUGCAUAUUUAUUUCUAUUCAAAAGCACCUCUUGGCCGAAUUGCAAUUGCAUACUGUUAGAGUCUCGCCUUGGGUACACAGUCAAAGCAAACAGACAGGAUAUCUCUCGUUUGUUGUUUGAGGCUCUUAUUUUUGUCUGUUUCUCCAAAGUACAACUUUAUGGGAAUAGCCUCAUCUUGUGUGCAAAAAUGUAAGUGGUCAGUGAUCCUGCGAUUGCAAGUCAAAAGUGUGCAAAUGCUUUUUUUAAAUUACGAGAACUCUUAUCGACAGGACACGUUGGAUUAUGCGUACAGUUUCUGAUUCAUAUAAAAUGUAUGCGUGCAAAUGCUGCUUUAGUAUUGUAAACCACUCUAACACUCAGUAUCGAGCUGCAAAAAUGUAGUACCACCGCAUUAAGCUUGAGUUGCAAUGCACUGGCGUGUGUUCAAGUGCGAUUGCUUUGCCACACACGAGUGCAUUGUGUGAAAUGUGCAUUGUGAGCUUGGUGUGAUGGUACCCCAUUACAUUUGUUUAUUACCGCCACAGAGUUUUAGGGUGUCACUUUCGAAGAACAUUAAAUUUCUCACGUAUGCGUCAUCUAUUUCAGCUUAAAGAUGCAAAAAUGUUUCUCUUGUCAUGGACUGAUGAAAUGUGCGUUCUUUAAACAUGUAAUGCGCUUUGCAGGUAAAACUGACAUUAGGAUCAGUACUAAUCGAAUUUGGGGGUCUUCGAGGUAUUGUAUUGAAAAGUGAUGCUGAGGUAGCUACACUGCAUGUCAAAAUGGCAUAGAUGUCUGACUAUCUACAUGCUCUUUUAUUGUUAUAGUGAGUUCACAAUUUAUUGUGUUUUGUAAUCUUUUUUUUUCUUUUUGUUGAUUUAUUACAACUUUUGAUUCCAUUAUGCAAGGUCCCUGAGCAGUUGCUCCAAGAGCACUGGCCUUACAUUAGUUGGUAGCAUUCCGUUUAUUUGUGACGUUGUUGUGAAACCCAGUGUUUAUGUAAUGCGUGUAUUUUUAUUUUGUGGCAUUGUUUUGUAGUGGAGAUAAUAUCCUGGGAACUACAAAAAAAGAGACAUUGAAUUCAUUUACCAAAGACAUUUUUUAGCCUUUUGUUCCGCCAUGAUUAUGCUCACAUAAAUUUCCAUGCAAGCGUACUACUGCACCGGGCAUUGUACUAACUUUACAGGUAUGUAAUAUGUGCUAUGUGCAAGUUAGAGAUUGCACUAUGAACCUUGCCCACAUGAACACUAUUGCCAGCUCAGUUGCUUGAAGAAUUCACGUUUUACGGUCUCUUUGUUUUGUUAUUGUGAUUGAGAGCACCAGGUUUGGAAAAAACAUGUAUAAAUCUGAUUUCUUAUUUCUCUUAGAAAUGUUAUCUCUUACUGCAAUAUCAUGGUUCUGUGAGCAUUUGAUGAAACAUAACACUAAAUAAAAAAAACAACAACCUGAGAGUAGAAGCAGUAGCUCGAUCAGAUGGAAAAAAAAAAACUUGCUGUUCUCUAAAGGCAUAUUUAAAACACCUGGCAAAUGUUCAGUUCACUUUAACUCAAUUUCAUUUAUUUCACUUCUGUGUUAGAUUGGGUUGGCAGAACAGUUAAAUAUCUCGUGCUGCUAAAGUCACUGUAGACUUACCAUGUUUGCAAGAUAUGUGCAACUACAAUUUUGAUAUGUAUGUGGUACGUGAUGUUAGGGAUACAUUAUGCCAUAUACCACAUGACCAGAAGCAAUUGUUUGUUCUAAGAACAAACAGAAUGGCAUGUGGAGGAUUUUUAUGCAUAUACGUAAAAUCUUCAACUACAUUGAACUUUUUUGUUGUCUUAUAUCACUUACCCUUUAGUGUAGGCUGAGCUCAGUUUAACUGAACAUGCUUUUGUUUACCGUAUGCUCUUGUCUUUACCUGCAUUAUAAGAGAAAGUGGUGCUGGCCUAUGUAGGUACUAAGUAACUACAAGUACUACAUAUUAGGUGUUAUGACUACCUAAUGUAUGUACCAGCACCAACUACUAGUAAUACCAGCAGGUACUGGUAGUUACACAGGUACUUGGCCUCAUGUACCACUGGAUCCUCCGCAGGAGCCAGAUUUUUUUCUCAAAUAGCGUAGACGUUAUGUUGUCCGUUGGUGACCACUGUACAGAGUUCUUUGAUGGCAUAGUGGCCUGUGGUAAUUGCAGCUUUUCAAAGCUUUUGUAUGCGCAUUAUCAGUGCCAGCCAAGCUCCUGAAUUUCAUUUUACGAUGCAGCCAUACAUUUAUUACUGCCUUAGCACAGAGUAUAGUGAGUAGGUGUGGCUAGCAUGCGCGCCUCUUCUAUUAAACGAGCUCUUUUGUAAAGUGCUUCUUGAGCGAUGUAGGUUGUUAAUUGCUGGAGAAGGCCAAAGGCUUGUUGUACAAAUUAUAACAUAGCAGUAAUGAUGGUGUUAAUCAGUACAUUCGUAAGAAGGAAAGCCAAUUAAUGUAUGUGGAACGAACUAGCAAGUUUCAUCGCAGUGCUGUUCUGCAAGUCUCUGCAGUGGUCUUGUGGUUUGCACUAGGUGGUCUUGUUUCCAUAGUGGCUGUAUUGUUAGUUUUACUGUAUUAAGGACUGCCUGUACGGUGUAUUUGCAUUGUAAAAUUCUAUCAUUGUUUUAUAUAUUAUGCAUCCUGACCACAUGGAUUCAGUACAAGAACGGGGCACUGUUGCAAUAGUUCUUCGCUGUUGUGGGCGGCGAACCAACAAGGAGGUAGCAAAACAAUUUGGAGAUAGUCCAUUUGGCCAAAGCAAUUAUACGAUGUCACUAUCGAAAACUCUACUCUUUCCAUCUCUCUUUUUCUUAAUUUUGGCAAAGAACCACAUUAAUUUGUGAAGAGUAGGCCUGGCCAUGUUGAACUACUGAGAAAACUUUUGAUAACAACAUCAAGCUGUAUAAGUGGAGUUAACAAAAGAAGGUAACAGCUUGUGUAUCUGUAGGCAUCCUCAUUAAAAUUAUCCAUAAGGUUAACGGUUGUCAUAUUUUUGUCAAAUGGACCGUUGAGGCAUUCACAUGCUUUCUGCCUUGGUGAAAUGCAAGUACAAUUAUCUUUACAGUCCUAGCUAAUAUUGUAGCACUUAAAAAGUGUGAGACACAGGACAAGGGAAGUGAUAAAGAGGAGCACUGAACUUGUCUUGUGUCUCACAGAUUUUACGCACUACGUUAUUAGUUAUGUAUUACCAACACGCCCAACUUCAUGCUCUUGUCUUAUAUUUACAGUAUAUUUGACAGCAAUGUGAAUGGAUAUACACGUGUCACCAUUCACUUCUUUUGUCUUUACAAUGCUUUAUUCAAAAGCUGUAGCUAUCACACUUUUUAAAGGUUACACGCAGCAAACUCUCAUGAAAAUUCUAAAUAUUUCCCUGGUCUGGGCAUGGAACCUCGUGUAUGAUUUCCACAAGUAUUAGCAUAUGCAAACAAUAUUUCACAGUUUCACCGACCGCCAGGAAAUGUAGUCGCAGGCUGCUCGGAAGUUCAACAUUUUCUGAGGUUCCACAAUCUUGAAAUACUUCACGCUCACCUUAUUGUAAAGCGCAAGAGAGAGGUGUACUUGGUCUUACCGUGUGUCCAACAACGAUAAUCAUUGUCUGACUUGUUUGCAUUUCUGUUUUCGAAAACUCUGCGCUCGCCAUUUUCCUGCUGGGAGUGCUAUGUGAUGCAGAUAGCGCUUGCACCAUUCGUGAACAUGAAGUACCGGGUUCUUGGUGUAAUGAAAGGAAAGAUAAACGAGAUAGAUUAAAAUUAUUGACUUGUGACGAAAAUAUACCCCAAGCAUAUGCCCUUUUUAUAGAAUGUAUUUGGUAGAUCAGUAAGACCUGUUAUUAUUAUUAUUAUUAUUAUUAUUUUUGUUGACAAAUCUGUAUACUGAAUCUGAAAAAGAUAUCGAGUCUAGUACAUCUUAGUUGAAAGCUAUUUUUGCAGUACACUCAUUCAUUUCAGAAUUAGCCGCGUCACAUAUGCGUAGAGGGAACGAGUUGAUCAUAGUAUGAUAGAUUUGUACUGCAUUUCAAAGCAUAGCUCUCUUGUUUGAGUGAAAGCCACAAUGAACAAAUACUACAACCAUUUUCAGUUUCACUGUAUAAGAGAUCCCCGAGAGUUUUAUUUUUUUAGAGUGCUGACAAUGUGCUGUACAGUUUUGCCCCUCUUGUGUGGGCAAGAGUUGUCGUAUGAUUGUUUUUGUUGUUGCAUUUUGUAGUGAUCUCUGCGCAGGGCCCAGACGUGUGAGCAUAGGUUAGAUGUUAUUUAAGAGACCUCGGAGCCUUAGACCUGUUGUACAUAUGUGCAAUAGCUUUUGACAAAGUACGCAUUUUGGAAAUGCAACGGUUUUGUAUAUUUCACGUAAAAUUGGCAGUUUUGCUAGGCAAGAUCUGUCUGCAGCAAUACAACACACACAUAUGACUGGUACUUGAAAUUGUUAAUAUUUACUUUAAUUGAUGGUGAACAGUUGUAUGCAUCAUUUCAAGUGGUAAAUGCUCCAAGGCUUCAUCGUCAAAAAAAAAAAUGAAUGUAUGUUUUCAGAGAGGCUGAGUAUACCAACUUGUGACAAUUGUGCAUUUUAUUGUUGUUUUAGGUGUGAUCAUUCAUCCCACAUCGAAGCUUGUUGCUCCUGUUCAGUGUUAACAUGUAUAGCUUAUUAUUAUUAUUAUUUUUGUGCUGUGAUAAACAUGCAUUUGCUUCUGACAUUCGAAGGUGCACUUUCUGUGUUUCGGCAGUCAUUUCACUGCGCAGAAAGCAUCGCAGCAUCCUGUUGUCAUAGCAUUCAUCUUGUAAAAGCAGGUCAACAGUGGUACACUUUUUUCUUCUUAGAAUUGAUUUGUGUUGCUCUUGCUACAUACGCAAACUACUCGGUUCUUGCUGGUGCAUUUUGUCAUGAAAUGUUUUACUGUGUGUGUACCACACAUCUUAAUCUCCAAAUAUGAACACACCUCGUUUAUGCAGUUGUUCUGGUUAUCCUGUGAUUUGUUCUGUUGCAACUUGGUGGAAGUAAAAAUACUGUUCUUUCUCCAGUA